UUGAUGUUGCGAUUACCUCGCGCCUCACCUUUAGUACGCCUAGUUUCGCUGUCAUCCCGGUUAACCGGUUGUGCGAGUCGGCGUGAGCGCGCUCUCCUGGGAGCUGCCGCAGGAGUUCACCACGGCCGAGGCACCGAGGGGCGAGAGACGGGAAAAACUCUUCUUUGGCUGCCGCUUUCAGGAGCCAAGAUGAGGAACGUCUUUGAGGUCAUGCUGCUGCUGCUGUUGUUGUUGCUGCCGUUGGUCACGGCGCACGCAGGGGGACAACCCAACAGCCCGCCGGGGAAGCCAGUGCUCACCAGCUGUCGUUCCCCUGAAAAAGAGACCUUCACCUGCUGGUGGAAGCCGGGCUCCGAUGGGGGACUGUCCACCAAACACUCCCUGUUCUAUCGCAAAGAAAGCUCCGACGCCGUGCACGAGUGCCCGGACUACCGCACAGCCGGAGAGAACUCCUGCUUCUUCAACAAGAACAACACGGCGAUCUGGGUCAACUACAACAUCACGGUGGUGGCCACCAACUCGCUGGGCAGUGCGUACUCUGACCCCGUGGAAGUAGACGUGGUGUACAUCGUUCAGCCUAAUCCUCCAGAGAACGUAACAGUGAGCGUAAUGGAGGACAAGGGCUGGCCCUUCCUGCGGGUGUCAUGGGAACCGCCACGUAAGGCCGACACGCGCUCGGGUUGGAUCACUCUCGUUUACGAGCUGCGCGUCAAGUUGAAGGAGGAGGACGACUGGGAGACGCACCUCGCGGGCCAGCAGAAGAUGUUUAACAUCCUCAGCCUGCCGUCGGGCGGUGAAUACCAGGUCGAGGUGCGCUGUAGACCCGACCACGGCUUUUGGAGUGAAUGGAGUUCCACUUCCAAGGCCAACGUUCCUCACCAUUUUCGUCGAGAUAAUUCAACAUGGAUUCUCAUGACGGUCUUUUUUGCCUUUACCUUCCUCAUCGUCGCGUGGUUGCUGCACUUAAACAGACACAAUCUGAAGCGUUGUAUUCUGCCCCCCGUCCCUGGUCCUAAGAUUAAAGGAUUCGAUAAGAAGCUUCUCAAGAGCGGAAAAUCUAACGAGAUCUUCAGUGCGCUGGUGGUUCCUGAUUACCCUUCGACCCCAUCCUCUAAUUACGAGGAUCUGCUGGUGGACUACUUAGAAGUCUAUGUCCCCACUGAGAGAGAGCUGCAGCUGGAGGAAAGCAAGGAUCCACACGACGACCGCCUCAAAUCUGACAGCUCCACGUCGGACAGCGACUCGGGCCGAGGCAGCUGCGACAGCCACACUCUGCUGGUGGACAAGGAGGCCAAGGAGGAAGCGAGGCAAGCGGAGUGCGGUCAGACGAGGACGGAGGUGCAGCGGAGCCUCAAGGACUGGGACGCGCUGACUUAUGCUCAGAUAGACAUGGUUGGCCGGGACGUGCCCAGUGGGAGGGUGAAGACGUGGCCCUCUUUGUAUUCUCCGCUGCCCAGGCACAGCUCAGGCCCACUGGACCAACAGAGCUCCCUCCAGAUGGCGAAGCAGCACUCCCUCUCCACGUCCUCCUUCCUCGCCCAGGAGGCUUCCGGAGAGAGCUACUGGGACGUCUGCUCGCACGGCGAGCUGCCUCGCCCGCUCCGAGCCAAGACGCCGCCCCACCGGGGUCUGCGGGCCCGCAGCGACGCCGACGUCUCCGGCGCGGGGCUCAAGCGGGCGCCCGCCGGCCCGCGCUCCCUCGCUCCCCACACCAGCGAGUACGUCGAAGUGCAAAGGGUCAACAACAAGGACGUGGUGCUGCUCCAGCCCGUGGUGACGGGCUGCUACCAGGCGCUCCCGGGCGAAGUCUACAGCAAGGUGAAGAGGGUGGACAGUGACAACAUACUGCUGCUCCAGAGGGAGGCGAGGGAAGAAGACGGGUACCCCGGUGCGGAGCAGGAGAACACUACGCAGAAGGCUUCGGCCUGCGUUUACGCGGCCGUGCUGGUGCAGGAUCAAAUGGCCCCCAUGGUGAAUGGCUAUGUGGACACCGCCACCAUGUGCACGCUCACAUGCUAGGUGCCCCGUGAGCACGGCGGGCGGGUCUGGGACGUUGCGAGACCUGUUUAAGGAUGGGACUGAGACAGAAGACUGUGUUACGAAUUAAAGACUUAGUUUGCGACGUCUUUUUUUCUGAUUAAAAAAGUUUGUUUAGUAUUCAUUUUAUAAAGAGGGAUUGGUUGUAAGCUGUCAUUGUGAUUCGUAAUAUUUCUUCAUAUUUCAUUUGUCUCUCCUCGCAGGAAUGUUUCAUUGACAUUUUGUAAUGCCUUUCAUGGAAUGUAUUGAUAAUUUCUGUUAUAAUGUGAGAAUCUGUUAAAUAUGAUUAAUGUAAAAACAGAAAGCUCAAACAUAAAAUGUUUUUGUUUUGUUUUUUAUUUUUUGUUUGGGUGAAUCUUCUCUGCUCCUUGAACAUUUUAAAGACAAUAUGGGCUACUGCAAUAUUUUUAACAGUUUCAAUCAAAGUUCUAGUACAUGCAUUAUUCUGUACAAGCUCAAUAAACAAUGUUUUUGAGUUGAAAGGUAUAUAUAGUUAGAUGUAUAUAUAUAUAUAUUUGCCUCAGCUAAAAGCAAAUGACAGUGUCAUUGUACUUGGUUGGCCAGUUACUUUUCUCUGUUUAGCGAUAAUAAAUGGCUUCUUUUUUUCUUUUUAGCAUGUACAUGUAUUCGGCUUUAUAAACAGCCAACCAUAUACAAAAGGCAAUUUGAAACCGCCAUUGAAUAUUUUUUAAGAGCGCCAUCAAAAUUCUGCUAAAUAAAUGUACGAUAUACAGCAACAA